AUGGCAGGGAAGAAUCUCACCUUCGUUCCCGCAUUCCUCCUCGUCGCAUUCACUGACCAUCCUGAACAGGCACUGACUCUCUUCCUUCUGUUUCUAUUUAUCUAUCUCAUCACGCUGUUGGGGAACGUGGCCAUUAUCAUCCUGAUCCGCGUGGACCGCCGGCUCCACACCCCCAUGUACUUCCUUCUGAGUCACCUCUCUUUCAUGGACGUCUGCUUCUCGUCCGUCACUGCACCUCAGAUGAUGGUCGUGUUGCUGGAGCACGGGGCUGUUCUAUCCUGCACUCGCUGUGCCGCCCAGUUCUUCCUCUUCACCUUCUUUGGCUCAGUUGACUGCUACCUCCUGGCGAUCAUGGCCUAUGACCGCUACGUGGCCGUGUGCCGACCCCUGCUUUAUGUCACCAUCAUGACGCAGAAGGUCCGGAUGGGUUUUGUGGGAGGGGCUUACGGUGCUGGUGUCUUCAGCGCCUUGGUGCGGACGGUCUCAGCUUUCAAGCUCUCCUUUUGUGGAACCAAUGAGAUCGACUUCAUUUUCUGUGACCUCCCUCCUCUCUUAAAGAUGACCUGUGGGGACAGCUACACUCAGGAAGUGGUAAUUAUUGUAUCUGCCAUUUUUGUCAUCCCUGCCUGCAUGGUGGUGAUUUUGGUGUCCUACCUGCUUAUCAUCUUGGCCAUUGUGAAGAUACCCUCCGCAGGAGGCAGGGCCAAGACCUUCUCCAUGUGCGCCUCCUACCUCACUGCGGUGUCGCUCUUCUUUGGGACCCUCAUCUUCAUGUAUCUGAGAGAGGACUCUGGCCAGUCCUUGGAGGAGGACCGGGUGGUGUCUGUGUUCUACACAGCAGUGAGUCCCAUGUUGAACCCUCUCAUCUACAGCUUGAGGAACAGGGAAAUGAAGGAGGCCCUGAGGAAAACUCUCAACAGAGUCACCUUGUCCUAA